AUGGUGGACCACCCAAGAGCACGAGAAGUUCCUCGAGGCUAUCGAGCCGGACCGUGGAAGAAGAUCGCUCAUCACAUUGGCACCAGAUCACCUCGUCAAGUGAUGACGCACGCGCAGAAAUACCGACAGCGAAUCAAGCGCCAUCGAAAGUCGCGCACCGAAAGCAAAGCUGUGUCAUCGACAGCGGGUGACAGUAUUCUCGAGAUGAUGCCAGCCAUCGACUCUCCGAUUGCCGGACAAGAAGAAGAAACGUUGCUUGAAGUGCUGCAGUUGGAGCCACUUCCUCUUUUGCAACCAUGUGAGAGCGAGAUAUCCUGGCAGCCCAGCAAAGAGAUGCUAGCCCUUGACGCCUUGCUGCUUGAUGAGCUGGAGCAACUCAUCGCUCCUGCUGAAAAUAUUUUGGUGGAGCCAGCGAGCCUGAAUGGUGACGCACUGAUGGAGCUGGUUGUCGACACCUCAGUCGACUGGACUCCUGUGAACUUUUGUGUUGGAAGCAUAAUGUAUUACCGACUCUUCGUGAGCUUCAAACCUCCACCACGACGUAAGUUUUCCAGAGUAAAGACCAUUCCUGACGCCCCUGUAGGUGUCUGGCCAGGUUGGCGCUAA